GGCCUGAAGUCAGUCGACAGUCCGGUGCGGUGGAAUGUGGUCGCGUUCGCAUUUUGUUUGGCGAGCGCCGCGCAUCUUUCAUUCAUCCACCUGUGUGGUAGUGCGCGACGGCUCGAUUGUCGGCUGCGGCGGUGGCGGUAGCGGCCUCGUCGCCCCAACGUCGUCCCCGUAGACGACGGAAGAUCGCUUUAAUCCGGCCGGGACGGAACUCUCGGGCGCGAAGCGAAGCGAGGUGAGGCGAGACGACGCGACGCGCGUUUGGACAUCGUUUCCUCGGCACGCGCGAAAUGCCGCGGCGCCGUACGGCGACGAGCACGGCGCCGACGCGAGCCACGCAGUGAAAUAUAAUUCCGGCGCGCGAUCCAACGCACCAUGGACCACCACCUCUCUCCUGUCGGCCACGACGCGCACAAAGGACGGAUAGAAAGCAGUGAGUGAGUGAGUGGAAGCAGCGUAUACGAGAGUGCGGGAGCAAGAUGGCGGAAUCGAGCUAUUAUCAGGGUGAUCACAUCAGGCACCCGGUUCUUUACGAACUGUCCAGCAAGUAUGGAGUGGCCAGCAGUGACCAGGUGCCCUUGCCGGCUCGUCUCGACGUGCUUCGGGAGCAUAUACGCCGAGAGAUACGCAAGGAGCUGAAGAUAAAGGCCGGCGCGGAGAAGCUGAGGGAGGUCGCGACCGAUCGCAAGUCCCUCUCCGACGUCGCGACGAUCGUGAAAAAGGCCAACAGCAAGCUGAACGAACUGCAAGCCGAGCUCCAGCAGCUCGAGAGUCAAAUUAUACUGACGCAGGGCCAGCCUCAAUCGCCGCAGCAGAAUCACUCCAACGGUCAAGACACGCCUCUAUCACCGAUGGGGCCUUCGUCGCCGAGUCAGGAAGGUCUAUUCACGGAUCUUCGUCUUCUGUCCUUGGAGAAGCAGCUCAAUAUCGAACUGAAGGUCAAGCAGGGUGCUGAAAACAUGAUACAGAGCUUGACGAGCGGCCAUCGCGACAAGAAGUUGCUGCAGGAGGCUCAACAGAUGCUGGACGAUUCCCGCGCCAAAAUCGAGUUCCUACGGAUGCGAAUCGUGAAGGUGCGCCAAGCGCGGCAGCAGCAACACGCGCGGGGCGACGCGCCGCCGCCGAACGGCGAGGCGACUAGUAACAAAGAUAGGUACGAGCCCAGCUUGGAGCUUGCGUUGGAGGAGAGGGUGGAGGAGCUGCGGCAUCGAUUGCGGAUAGAGGCGGCUGUCGUGGAAGGUGCCAAGAACGUGAUACGUCUUCUACAAAGUGCCAAAGUCGCUGAUAAGAAGGCUCUGACUGAGGUAGGUGCUGCAUUCCAACCAGUCAUCGCAACGGAACUUGGUGCAUCCUCGCGCGACGGACGACUUGAAAUCCAUGAACAGAAGAAGAAUACGGACGGGAGCAGCGCAUCAUCGUCUCCUCUGGUCAGAGGAGAAGAAGGAGAAGCGGGAGGAUCGCUCGGAGGAUGCGACGGUCUCAUGGCGGCGGCAUCGUGGACUGAACGAUAAUGUCUCGCGGUGGAUGACGGCGCGUGAUCGUCGGUGGCCGAGAUGUACAGACGUCAGAGUAAUUCGGACGACGAUGGCUCCCAGGUGCCGCCGUGGCUCGUGCGCGCCGAAGUCACGAUCCGCCGCGGCAACGCGGUGACCUCCGAGACCGUGCGAGUGCCGCCAGGCACUACCACCACCACCGACGCGGCUGGCAUCCGCAUGAUAUGCCGUUGGAACACGAGCGAGACGAACUCGGCGACUGCCACACCGAUACCAGCGCCGGCACCAGCCGCGUCCAACGUCGUGUCCUCGUCGUCGUCACUUCACAGCGGUAGCGACAGCGCCGGUGGCUUCGGCUUUCAACGCGGAAAUAUACUCUUCACGUCCACGCCGCCCGAGAGACCGCCUCAAAGGUCAUCUGCCGGGUCGUACACUCUACCACGAUCUGGUGGCUCGUCCGGAAACGACGACUCCGUAUCGUCCGCGAGAGGCCGAGCUAACAUCACCGACUCCGGCUACAAUAGCGAGCAGUUCUCGCACCCGCACUCGUACUCGAGUCUACCCUCGCGACGACCGUCUCAACAAUACAAUCGCAGAUGCAAGAGCACAUGCAGCAUCGUGCUGCAGUCCACCGCAAGUGAAGGUGCAGACAAGGAUGCGAAUUCUAAGAUCGCUUCAUCACCCGUCAGAUCUCCAAAGACCUCGUCCGCCGACUUUUGGCACCGUCGACCUUCGCACCAGCUGUUCCCGCGAUAUCAAUUCAGCGCGCUGCCCGAAGUAUGCGAGGAUUGUGCGGAGGGUAGCGCCGCGUCGAGCGCCUUCACCACGCACUUUUGCACGCGGGUCGCGGAGAAGAGUGCGAACAGAGCCGCUGCCGCCGCCACUACCACGAUCAGCAAGGACGCUGCUUCGCAAACCACCGACGUCGAAUCCGUGCGCUCUUCGUCGACUGUGAGGAGCGGUAGAAUCAGAAGAAGAUCGACCACUGGUGCCACCUGUCAGUCUGACGAGAAGAAGAAAGAGGAGAUUCGGUCGCCCCCGGCAUCAGUGAGAAGCAGCGGUUCCGCUCCUCCGGCUGAUUCAGAGAAAUCGGAUUCGUCGACGAGAGAAGACAGCAGCAAGCGCAAGUCGCGAACGGUGCAUAUCGACGUGUACUGCACAGGAUCGGACGACGAUCUGACCAGCGACGACCGGACUAGCGACGACGAAUGCAGCACACCGAUGACCGUCUUCGAGAACGAGGACGUGAAGAUUACUCACACCCAAGCGACGAACAACUUGCCGCGCGGAUUUCAGGACGAGAAUGCGUUCCUGAAGCGCACCGCCGAGCGACGAUGCGCGAGUUUCCGAAACGCACCGAUAAGGAUGCCCUCGCUGGCCAGCUCGAAAGGAUACGACAGCGACGAGGUGUUGAGCUCGCUGUACCCGUCGCGAUUCAGCUCGUACAGCGGCAUACAAGACCUCGACUCGGCGCCGUGGUCCGCGGCGUCAUCCAGCACGGCGGUCUCUUACGACUCGGCAACUAUGACAUCGUCGAAGGACACAUUCUCAGACAUCGAAUCCUUAGUCAACAGCAAGUCGGGCUUGACGCCGUGCGACAGCUUUGAGUAUGCGAACUCCGCGGAUCGCGACAGGAUACGGCGGAUGGAUCUCGGCGCGAGAACCGACAAGGACAAGAACAAAACUUGGCGAUCGCCGCAGAUCGAGCGGAGGCAGCUCUUGCGGAACAAGAAGAUGAAGGAGUAUUUAGAGAAGCACGAGAUGGCUUGGUCGUCCGCGGAGAGCGCCGAGGAGUCUGACGAGAGCGGCGCCGUUGGCUGGAGCUUUGUGCCCGGCGACGACAGAUCGCGACUCGCUCGAAAAGACCCUUGUCGCACGGGUCGCAAGGGUCAAGUGGAGGAAUCUAACGUGACUGAUUUAGAUGCGAUGACGGCGGCGGUGGACAGAAACGCCCGAAAGGAACGCCUGCGAGCGCCCGUGGCGACGCACGCUGCUGAUCACGUCCCGUAUUCCAACGUUCUACGUGAUUAUAUCGGCCCGUUCAGCUCGAAGAGUCCAUCUCCUCUUCCCUCUACCAUACCUUCCCGUGUGACCUCGCCCUUCACCACUCCGUACGGGGAACGGACUGAUCAUAUCAUAAAAGCGUCGAUGUUCGGCGCGGCUCAGGCAAGCCUCGCGGAAUCCAGUAGAAAAUUGGACUUACUCAGAUUGUCCCUCGAACUCAGAAGGCAGGAACUACCACCCGACAGCGGUACCGCGGCUCAAUUAAAGAGAGAAUUAGCUAGCGUGCAGUCGGCUAGUCCGGUUCCUGUGACUUAUACAUCGCUACAACCGUUCCGCGGCCCCUUGGAAGGUCGAGCUACGGUCCCCGCUUCAGUAUCGAGAUGUGCCGCUGUCACGGGACAACUAGAGGUAAGAUUAAUGGGAUGUCAAGACUUGGCAGAAGAAGUACCUGGACGUACGAGAAGGGAACAUCCUGCUAGUCCUGAUCUGCGUAGCUUCGUCAAAGGUGUCACAGGUCGCAGCUCAAGCAAAUCGUAUAGUGUAAAAGACGAAACAAGCAAUGAUAUUAUGGCAGUUAUAAAAUUGGAUAACCAAACCGUAGCACAAACUAGUUGGCGUCCAUGUUCUCAACAGGCUUGGGAUCAAAGGUUUUCUAUCGAGCUGGAUAAGUCGAGAGAACUCGAGAUAGGCAUUUAUUGGAAGGACUGGAGAUCUCUUUGCGCGGUGAAAUUUUUACGCUUAGAAGAAUUUAUUGACGACGUUCGUCAUGGUAUGGCGCUACAGUUGGAGCCACAAGGUCUUUUAUUCGCGGAAAUAAAAUUCCUAAAUCCGAUGAUAUCGCGAAAGCCUAAGUUGCAGCGCCAACGUAAGAUCUUUAAGCAGCAGGUUAAGAAUUUCCCGAGGGCCAACCAGAUGAACAUAAAUGUUGCGACUUGGGGCAGGUUGCUCAAACGUUCGGCACCUUCGUUGCACAAUUCCAGGAACUCGGAGAGUCCGCCAUCAGGGCCGCAACCGUUGCAACUUGUAUUCGAUACCUCAAUAGAAGAUAAGCCUGAAACUCCCGGGGAAGUGCCUGAUCCAGAGAAAGGUGGGCUUGGAGGCGCACGGCCCUUAGGAAUGUCAGCAUCGACCAAUAGUCCAAUUCUCCCGCGUCCACCGGAACAUCCGCCUCCACCACCGCCAACCGUUACGAAGAAACCGUCUACGCCUGCACCUGCACCACCUCCGAAACUGGAUCAAGAGUUACAGAGUGCAUUAAGGGAGUUUGAUUUUCUGCACAACGAGGAAAAGGGGGGGCCUCAGGGUGCAAAUUUGAGGCCCCUUGUGACAGAGCCUCGACCUGUGCUGAUUGCACCACCCUCUCCACGCACACCCUCGCCCCAACCUGUCGUCGAGUUUCCUGAGGAUGAGGUUGUAUACGAAUUGCCAGUCAGGCCUUUACAAUAUAGGGACAGUGCCUACGAGUCAAGAAGACACUCUCAGCUUACCGGCAUGACUUUAGAGAACUUCAGGCUGCUUUCCGUACUCGGUCGUGGACAUUUCGGCAAAGUGAUAUUAUCUCAGUAUAGAAACACGGGCGAAUACUUCGCCAUCAAAGCUUUGAAGAAAGGGGAUAUCAUAGCCAGAGACGAAGUGGAGUCGUUACUCUCCGAAAAGAGAAUAUUUGAAGUAGCAAACACGACGCGCCAUCCUUUCCUUGUCAACUUAUUUGCGUGCUUUCAAACUGAGGCACAUGUAUGUUUCGUAAUGGAAUACGCGGCUGGAGGUGAUCUUAUGAUGCAUAUACAUGCCGACGUCUUCGGAGAGCCGCGCGCCGUGUUCUAUUCUGCUUGUGUUGUGCUAGGAUUGCAAUAUUUGCACGAAAAUCGUAUCAUUUAUAGAGACCUGAAGCUGGACAAUCUCCUACUAGACACGGAAGGUUACGUUAAAAUCGCGGACUUCGGUUUAUGUAAAGAAGGCAUGGGAUACGGAGAUAGAACGGGCACAUUCUGCGGCACACCCGAGUUCUUAGCACCUGAGGUCUUGACGGAGACUUCUUACACGCGAGCUGUAGAUUGGUGGGGUCUCGGAGUAUUGAUAUUCGAAAUGCUUGUCGGAGAGUCUCCCUUCCCAGGCGACGACGAAGAAGAAGUAUUCGACUCCAUUGUAAAUGACGAGGUUCGGUAUCCACGAUUCCUCUCUCUCGAGGCGAUAGCGAUCAUGAGAAGGUUACUUAGGAAGAAUCCCGAUAGAAGGUUAGGUAGCAGCGAAAGGGACGCGGAAGACGUCAAGAAACAAGCAUUCUUUAGACACAUUGCUUGGGACGAUUUGCUCCUGAGACGUGUGAAACCACCCUUCGUGCCAGUAAUCCAUUCUGUGGAGGAUGUCAGCAAUUUUGACGAAGAAUUUACAUCAGAGAAGCCGCAAUUAACGCCUCCGAAAGAUCCUCGGCCUCUCAGUGAUUUGGAACAAAGUCUAUUUAAGGACUUCACUUACAUGGCUGAUUGGUGCUAGCUAUAAACAUCCAACAUUUCUCGGCAUUAACUUCUGCAAGCGAGAAUAUUUGCAUGUCGUAAUCCAAGAGAAAUUUUACUUCAUAUUACAUGAAGUUCGCGCCAUUGUAUUGAUAUCGUAUCUUUAUAAGGGCGCGUUUAUCUGAGCAAUAUAUACUAUA